CUACGGUGCUAGCCAACCACUCCGGAACUGAACUCCAGCUCCGUUGACCAUCUACCUGCUGCCCAGACGUUACAUACUUCCAUUCCCGGCGCUGCGCAGGCAAUCGAGGGAGCAAGCGGUGGCCAUGGCCGGGAGCAGCGUAUCCAGCGGCGGCCGGCCGCCGCUGUUCGCGACGGAGAAACCAGCUCGGGUGGCGGCGUACGCGUACCGGCUGUUCGCGGGCACGGUCCUCGCGGGGCUCCUCCUGGUAUGGCUGUACAGGGCCACGCACCUGCCGCCGAGGAGCAGCGGCGCGCGGUGGUGGGCGUGGAUCGGGCUCUCCGCCGCCGAGCUCUGGUUCGGUUUCUACUGGGUGCUGACGCUGUCCGUGCGGUGGAGCCCCGUCUACCGCCGCGCCUUCCCCGACCGGCUCACCCGAAGGUAUAAGGAAGAGGAGCUUCCCGGGGUGGACAUAUUUGUGUGCACAGCAGACCCAACUCUUGAGCCACCAAUGCUCGUCAUCUCCACUGUCCUAUCUGUUAUGGCUUAUGACUACCCGCCCGAGAAGCUGAACAUCUAUUUAUCUGAUGAUGCCGGUUCCGUUACAACAUUAUAUGCACUGUAUGAAGCAUCUGAGUUUGCAAAGCACUGGAUUCCUUUUUGCAAGAAGUACAAGGUUGAGCCCAGGUCACCAGCUGCCUACUUUGCCAGAGCAGAUAGCCCUCCUGAUACGUGCGACCCGAAAGAGUGGUUCGCCUUGAAGGAGAUGCAUAAAGAUUUAACUGAUCGGGUGAAUUCAGUUGUAGAUUCAGGCAAGAUCCCGGAGGCUCCAGAAUGCAAAGUUAGGGGCUUCACCCAGUGGAAUGAGGAUACAACUUAUAGAGAUCACCCUUCAAUAGUGCAGAUUUUAAUUGAUGGAAACCAACGAAAGACAGCUGAUAUCGAUGGAAAUGCAUUACCAACACUUGUGUAUAUGGCACGUGAGAAGAGACUUCAUGAACAUCAUCACUUCAAAGCUGGAUCACUGAAUGCUUUGAUUAGGGUAUCAUCAGUGAUAAGCAACAGCCCAAUCAUAAUGAAUGUGGACUGCGAUAUGUACUCCAACAAUUCAGGGUCUAUCAGAGAUGCAUUGUGCUUCUUCCUAGAUGAAGAGCAAGGCCAAGAUAUUGCUUUUGUUCAGUAUCCUCAGAACUUUGAAAAUGUGGUGCACGAUGACAUCUACGGCAAUCCCAUCAACACCGUGAAUGAGCUGGAUCAUCCUUGCUUGGACGGAUGGGGUGGAAUGUGUUACUAUGGCACAGGAUGCUUCCAUAGUAGAGAGGCUCUAUGUGGGCGAAUAUAUAGUCAAGACUACAACAAAGAUUGGAGGAUGGUGAGGAAAACAGAAGAAGUCGAUGAGUUGGAAAGAUUGGCCAAGUCACUUGCGACUUGCACACAUGAGCAUAACACCCUUUGGGGAAUCGAGAAGGGGGUGAGAUAUGGUUGCCCACUGGAGGAUGUCAUUACAGGGUUGCAAAUCCAAUGUCGCGGAUGGAAAUCUGUGUACUACAAUCCAGCAAGAAAGGGCUUCUUAGGGAUGGCCCCCACCUCACUAGGACAGAUUCUGGUUCAGCACAAGAGAUGGACAGAAGGGUUCCUCCAGAUCUCCCUCUCAAAAUACAGCCCCUUUCUAUUAGGUCACAGGAAGAUCAAGCUAGGCCUUCAAAUGGGUUAUUCUGUCUGCGGGUUUUGGGCUCUGAACAGCUUCCCCACCUUAUACUACGUCACCAUCCCUUCACUUUGUUUCCUCAAUGGCAUGUCCCUUUUCCCUGAGAUGACUAGCCCUUGGUUUCUACCAUUUGCAUACAUCGUUGUGGCUGCAUACUCCUGCAGCUUAGUGGAGUCAUUGCAGUGUGGUGACACUGCUGUAGAGUGGUGGAAUGCACAAAGGAUGUGGCUUUUCAGAAGAAUCUCCUCAUACCUCCUGGCAGCCAUCGACACAAUCCGCAGAAUGAUGGGCAUCUCCGAGUCAGGAUUUGCCCUGACAGCGAAGGUGACUGAUUCGGAGGCCUCAGAGAGGUACAAGAAGGGGGUGAUGGAGUUUGGAUCCUUCUCCGUGAUGUUUGUGAUCAUUGCAACAGUCGCAUUGCUCAACCUGGCAUGCAUGGUGUUCGGAGUGGCAAGAGUUUUGUUAUAUGAAGGCACAACAGGCUUGGGAGCUUUGUUCCUGCAGGUUGUUCUCUGUGUGCUAGUAGUAGUCAUCAAUUUCCCUGUCUAUGAAGCGCUCUUCCUUCGCAAGGACAGUGGCAGAUUGCCAGCUUCUGUCGGUCUAGUUUCAUUCUGCGUUGUAUUACCACUCUGUAUACUGCCAACCAAUAUGAGAUGAAGUUGAUCAAAUGUAACAAAUACACUAAUACGCAGAUAUGAAGUUGGUCAAUUGUCAAAUGUAACAAUAUGCUCC